AUGCAGUCAAUUUUCUUGCUGCUGGGCCUCUUCGCCGACGCCAUCUCUGGCAGCCCCUUACAGCAGCCCCUGCGCGAGAUCCAACCCGAAGCCUCGCGCAAGUUACACGGCCGAUUUUUGCACAUAACUGAUUUCCAUCCCGACCGUUUGUACAAGCCCGGAACGUCGAUCGAUCGCUCGUGCCACCGGAAGAAGGGGGGUUCGGGAUAUUUUGGAGCCGAAGGCACUGAAUGCGACUCGCCCCUGUCGUUGAUUGACGAGACAUUUCGCUGGAUCGAAGAGAAUUUGAAGGAUGAUAUUGAUUUUGUGAUUUGGACUGGUGAUUCCGCCCGACAUGACAAUGAUGAAAAACUGCCUCGUACUGCGGAUGAGAUUCUGGAACUGAAUACAUACCUAUCGCAAAAAUGGGUUAGCAUCUUCAGUCAGGAUCAUGCGGUUUCCAGCGCUGCAUCUCAAUUGUCAGUGCCAGUGAUCCCGACGUUCGGCAACAACGAUAUCAUGCCGCAUAACAUCUUCAACGAGGGCCCAAAUAAAUGGACAAAGCGGUUCGCGGAGAUCUGGAAUUCCUUCAUUCCGGAAGAUCAACGGCACACUUUUGUUUUGGGAGGCUGGUUCACCAGCGAGGUGGUCCCCGGUCAGCUGGCGGUGAUCAGUCUCAAUACGAUGUACUUCUUCGACUCGAAUAGCGCCGUGGAUGGAUGCAAGGCCAAGUCGGAGCCUGGAUACGAGCACAUGGAGUGGCUGCGGGUGCAGUUGAAAAUCCUGCGGAGUCGCAACAUGAAAGCCAUCCUCAUGGGACAUGUUCCCCCCGCCCGGUCGAGUGAGAAACAGAACUGGGAUGAGACGUGCUGGCAGAAAUAUACGCUUUGGAUGCACCUGUACCGCGAUGUCGUUGUCGGCACCUUCUAUGGCCAUAUGAACAUCGACCAUUUCAUCAUCCAGGAUAGCAACAAGGUUGAUAUUGAUGCCAAGGUAGACGAGAAGGUUUCGAUCAACUCCAAAGCUGACUACCUUGAAUCGCUCCGGAGUCAGUGGUCCUCGUUGCCAACUCCUCCAUCUGGUAUCUUCGAGGAGCUUGAUUCAGGGUCCGAACGGUACUCAGACGUCGCCCCAGCGAAGAAGGGAAAGAAGGAAAAGAAGAAGCGCAAAUUCUUGGACAAGAUCGGAGGCCCAUGGGCGGAACGGUACAGUGUGUCACUGGUAUCCCCCAGCUUGGUCCCGAACUUCUUCCCCAGCCUCCGUGUGAUUGACUACAAUAUCACGGACUUGGACUUCGCCAACGGGGCUGAUGUGUCCUCGCACGAACUAUACGAUGCAAUCUCUGAAGUUGACUACACCGAGCUCGAUACUUCUCCGACUCUGGAGACUCAGAAAAAGAAAAAGAAGGACAAGAAAAAGAAACCCAACUUCAAAGUGCCAGAGCCCCCUUCACCCACCGCCCCCCCAGGACCAGCAUACUCGAAUCAGGCGUUCACCUUGCUGAGCUAUACGCAAUACUACGCGAAUAUCACUCGGAUCCACGAGGAGAUCGCUGCCGGCGAAAUCGACGAGCCGCGCCUCGACUUCGAAAUCGAGUACAGCACAAAUGAUGAAGUCUACCAAAUGAAAGAUCUGACGGUGCGCAGCUUCUUCCAACUCGCAGGCAGAAUUGCCGAAGAAGAAAGCGAAGCCGAUGUGAAUAGUCCGAGCGCUGAUUGGAGGCAAAAAAAGAAGCCAGUCAACAGUGUGUGGCAGGCCUUUUUGAGACGUGCGUUCGUUGGGUUUGAGAAUAUUGAUGAUUUGGAUGAUUAG